AUGGACCAGAGAGUGAAGGGGGGCAGUCCUCCAAAAGCAAAGCUGGAUGGCUCAUCUGAAACAAAAAGCUCGGAGAAGGACCAUGUGCCGGAGAAGAAGCGUAAAUCUGGAGCGGAGGACGGGGGAGUGUUGGAGCUGCUUAUCGAGGGGCGCUGUGGGACUAAGGGAGACCAGCAGCUUCAGAUCUCUGGCAAAGACACAAACUGCCCUGAGGGGAAUGUGAGACUCCGAAUCGGACUCCAGGCCAAACGCACCAAGAAGCCGCCCAAGAUCUUAGAGAGUUAUGUGUGCAAGCCCACUAUUAGGACCUAUCAGAGGCAGGGCAGGGGAUCACUGAGGGGGGAGGCCGAGGGGGGAAUGGGUCACCAGAGCAAAUCCAACUCUAGUCCAGAUGAGGCAAUCAGUCGAGAGCAACACUCAGGAUUGGAUGGUGUCCAGAGCACCACUAAACAAACUGCACCUGCUCCACCAUCAUCAACACCAUCAGCUCCCGCCACUGCCUCUGUCACAGCUGUUUCAGUCAAGAGGAACAGGUCCUCCAGUCAGGUCCCAAUCAAACUGGCUGAAAAAGCUGAAGUCAUUUCAAAAGCGUCUAGGCCCUGCCCCAAAAAGCGUGGCCGACCACCCAAACGCCCUCUCCCAGAUGACUACAACGAUCACGCUGAAAAGGGAAACAGGCAGCUAAACAUCAGGAGAUCCUUUGGGGGUAAGCUUGGACCUCAAAUUAAUGUCAGUAAGAGAGGGACUAUCUACAUGGGCAAGAGGCGGGGACGAAAACCCAAAGUGCAAAGCGCCAUCUCCCACAGCUUGUCUCAGCCGUCUCUGUUCACCAGUGCUCCAGAAACAUCACUCUUUUCCCAGCCUCUCGCAUCUCACCCAUUCCCCUCCCCGUCGCUCACACACUCCAGCGGUGCCCAGAGUCCGUUCAGCGAGCACAGCUUCACCGACCCCUCUCCGUGCCUACUGUUCUCACAGCCCUUCUCCCUGCCCUCCCCCUCCUCCUCUUGCACGUCCCCACGCCCCCCCUCCUCAUCCUCGUUCUCUUCGUUUGUGAGGAAGAGUUGUCCUUGCCAGGGACGCCCACACUUUCCCUUCCACCAGUCGACAUGUAAGCUCUCCACUCCCAUUUCUUCCCUGCAGCAUGCACCUGGUUCUCCUCCGGGCCACCUGAAAGAGGCCACCACGUCCCCACGGAGUGAGUCCCACAGCGAGGAGACUUUGCCUAGUGACAGUGGAAUAGGGACCGAUAACAACAGCAUCUCAGAGCGCGGGGAGAUUAGAGGCUCUAGAGGCAUUCUAAGAGUAGGUCACUCCUCUGGACUCAUCAUCGGCAGUCAAAAACAUCCUGCUACCAUUCGGGACCAUCCCACUCCUGUCUCCCCAGCACUUUUGUCCCGGCAACCCAACCCGAAUGCACACAGGGACCGGCAUAGGCACAGACGUCGAGAUUUUGACUGCUCCUCUUCUUGUGCGUGCCUAUGUGCAUGUCCGGGGCAAAGUAAAUGCGUUCAGCCAGACUUUUACAGCUGUCACAAUGCACUGAAGCGUCAGAAAAGCAAGCAUAAGAAAAAGCACCAACAACAUAUGCACCUGCAGGACCCAGAGUUCCUGUCAGAGUUGGAAGAGCUGAUUGCUUUGUUCAGUGAGAUGCACAUUGGGCGCAGGAGCUGGGCACGGGCUGGACUUGUGCACAACUUCGACGGGGGAAGCCCUGGUGGAAGACGGCACCACCCAUCUCACUCCAUGCGUUCCAAUAUAUUUUGCAUAAAUCUUAAUGGAUUCUACUCCCCUCACCCCUCUGCCUAUUCACAUAAUCCCUCCAUCCCAACACAACCUUUCUACUCCUGCCAUCCGGUGCACUGUGGCCGUAAGGUGGAUAGAAGACAGUGCGGCUGUUCUGCAAAGUUUCAGGAUUCAAUGGACAACAUGUACAGAAGCUACCCUGGUCUUUACAACCACCUCCCGAGCUCUUACCCUCUGCCUUCUCCCCAUUUCACUCUCCAUCAGUCUCCGCACUUCUUCAUGAACCCGGCCCGCUUCCACAGGCGCAGAAAUAGAACGAUGAGAGACGCAGAGGAAGACAGCGCUAGGGGGAGCGGCCAUCUCGGCUCAGGGCUCACAUCAAACUUCCCUUGUGCUUGUGGGAGAACUGAACACAAGCAUAAACAUAAGCAUCGCCACCGACACUGCGACGAGGAGGACGACGUGCGUGAAGACGAAGUAGAGAGAGAGAGGACAUCGCCGGUGCACACAAACCUGUUCACAUCAGCGGCUGUGGAGAGCGGCGCGAGGGGGCUGCGGUGGGGAGGGGACCGGCCCUGGAGGAGAGACGAACCAGCCUGGAUGGAGAGGAGAGAAACAGGUACACACAAUGAUUCAAGAACCUGGGGGCAACACAAAACUCUACAGCCUAUAGACCAUGGGUCAGUUCAUAAAAGACGACCAGGGAGGCCCAGGAAGCACCAUCUAUCGUCUUCCACCGCUCCCCCAGCGCACUCCACCUCCUCUGGCUUCAUGUCAGUGUGUGAAGUGCAGGCUGGCACCGAGGUAGCGAGGAGUGAACCAGCUCUGCUCAUGACAGAGGCCGAGCUCCAGGCCAAGAGUAAAAAGGGCCGCCAGAGGAGACACAGCCCUUCCCCUCUCCAUCAGAGUGUCACUGAGGAUAGAGUAGACUCUGAUUCGCCCACUGAAAGUUCAGAGCAGUCGGAUGUGGAGGAGACUCCAUCACAGCCAGUGUCCGUCCCAACAGAGGAGCACACAGACAGUGCCCCGAUAAAGAACUUCUUACAGGCAGGCCUUUAUUCUGAUGACUACAAAACCACAGACCCCCCUUCCCCGAGCACACACUUUGGGACACAGAGUACAGAGUAUUCUCCAGAGGAGCAGGACUACAGCCUUCUGCCUGCUCCCAUCCAUGUCGGUAAAUAUCUAAGGAUGAAACGCUUGCACUUCCAGCUCCCUUAUGAAGUUAUGUGGCAGUGGCAACAUGAUCAGCUCUGCAGGCCGCCUGUAGUUCCACUGAAAAGAAAGAGGCGUACCUGUCGACCUAAAGAGAAGACUUCAUCGUCACAUAACAAUGAGGAUCAGAGUGGGGACAUCACCAGCCUCUUCCCUCACCUUGACAUGGAUCCUUUAAGCAGCUGUGAGAGGAGCUUCGUGGUGGAGCACCAUGUGUUUCUGCUGAGGAACUGGGAGCUGGUGAGAGAGCGCCAGAUCCGGCUGAGGAUCCAGCGCGAGAGGCUGAGAGACAGCGAGGAAGAGGAGGAAGAAGAGGAGCACAACCACAACAUGUCAGAUCAGCCGACUGGGAAGGAGCGCGUUCUCAGUGAUUCAUCUAAAACCCCGUCUGACUUCCUCGCUGCCAGCCCCAGUCCCGCAAAAGCUCAGAGCGGACCAGACGAGAGAGAAGCAGACAAACGAGGGGAAAAGGAGCUAAUACAGGCGGGUGGACGCAGUCUGCGGAUAAGGCCUGGCGCGAACAGAUGGACAGGAGUUGAUGUCAUUACGCAGCUACUAUUAAUGAACACAAACAACGGGAGAAAGAAGAAGGAUCGGGGUGACUGA